CUCAAAUGUCCUUAGUAGAGAGACUGAGCUAAUCGACCUCCGUGUGCCAUCCUCUUCCACAAGGAACUCUGAAACCAAUGCAGGUGAUCCAUUUUUAUUAGUAGAUCUUCUCUCAGACGAGCACCCUUGUCUUACCCAGGAACUCUCAGGUGAGUCAUACCCACAGGGUGUCACUGAGGAGCAGGCAGAUCUCCCUCCCUUACAGAGAAGAGAGACGUUGUCACCUGAAACUGGAGACAAAAGUUUAUUCCCUGAUCAAGUGACCGAUCUGCCCAUAACCAGUAGCACUACCCUGCAAGGAGUACCUGAGAACUCCCUACUGUGUAACCACAUUAGCAAACCACAGGAAUGCUCAGAAGGAUCUGUGCCUUUGUUGGACUUGGAAGUUCCAGAUUUUGACAGCGGUUUGGGAUUAUGCCCUUCUAGUCUUUCCUCUGUUUCCUGCACAGAUGCUCCAUUAGCGUCGUCAGCAGAGGAAUUGGAGGUGGCACAUGCAGAAGCUACUUUAAUUAGCAAUUUUCCUGCACAGAAAGAAAGUAAGAAUGACUCACUUGCUCUGGGUUUGUCAGACAAACUCUCCUCUCUGACACUGGUUGAAAAUGGCUGCCUCGAGGGUGAUCUCACCAGUGAGAGUAACUCUGUGGAGAAUAUUUCUAAGGAUUUGAUGGAAGAAAAAAUUUGUUCUGAAGCCAAAAGUCAAGGAAAUGAGGCAAUGGCUUUGGAUCCGUGUUUGACUGCUGAAGAGAUCCACAGUGAUGAAUCUUGGGACCUCAAACCACAGGAGGGUGUGCAUAAUGAAAGUGUUUCCAGUAUGAAAGUCAAGCAGAGGGAAGAAGAGAGGCUAAAGGACACUAACCAGCUUGAGGAAUCAGACUAUCAUGAAGUGGCUUCUUUUGAUUUUUCACUUCAGGAUGUAAACAGUUCUUCUGAAGCUGGAUGGGUUAGUGAUCCAACUGUGGAGGCUGAUUCUCUCUCUAAGAUGGUGGUAGAUGACUCGCUGCCAAUGGUGUCAGCUGUGACUACGAGGGAGGAAGAUGUCUCUCCACUCAAAGCUGUAUUCGAUGCUUUAGACCAAGAUGGAGAUGGCUUUGUCCGUAUUGAGGAGUUUAUGGAGUUUGCGGCUGCUUAUGGGGCCGAUCAGGUGAAAGAUCUGACAAAGUUCUUGGAUCCCAGUGGCCUCGGAGUCAUCAGUUUUGAAGACUUCCACCGUGGAAUUUCUGCAAUUAGCAAUGGAGGCCCAGAGCCCCAGCUCUACAAUGUAAACUACAAUCCAGGGGAUGGAGCUGUUGGCUGUCCAGAGGAGUACGAUGAGCAAAAUGAGGUAACAGACAGUGCAUACCUGGGCUCUGAGAGCACAUACAGUGAGUGUGAAACCUUCACUGAUGAGGACACAGGGGCCCUUGUACCUCCUGAGAUGCAUGAGGAUGUGGAGACGGACAGUGGCAUUGAGGCCACCCUGCAUGACCCUGAAGACAGUGGAAACAGGUUUUCCCUGAACUCCGAGCUCCACAACCACUCCCUGGUGAGCGUAAUCGGUGGAGAGGAGGAACACUUUGAGGACUUUGGGGAAAGUAAUACCUCAGAGCUGCUACUGGAGAACAGCGUGGAAAGCUCAAUGGGAGAUGGUGACUCACCUCUCACACAGCCCCCUGAGCAGGUCAAUGGCUCAUCAGUUCUCUCUCCCAGUGCACCCGCUUCUCUCCCUGACUGCUUUCAAAGCUUCCUCAGGGAGGAGGCACUGGACUUUUUCUGUAGCCAGUGUCACAAACAAAUAAGUCGUCUUGAGGACCUCUCCACUCGCCUCAAUUUCCUAGAGAUGACUAGUGCUGGCAAGAGGCUGUCCAGCAAGAAAGUGGCAAGACACCUCCUCCAAAACAGCUCAAUGACACUGGACACCAUGAGUGACUUAACGCGGGACAUCCUGGAACUUGCUGAUAACGACAUCACAGACAAGGUGCUGCUGCUGGAGCGUCGAGUGGCAGAGCUGGAGAAGGAAUCUGAAGCAUCGGGAGAGCAGCAUGCACGGCUGCGACAGGAGAACCUUCACCUGGUGCAUCGGGCUAAUGCCCUGGAAGAGCAGCUGAAGGAGCAGGAGCUCCACGCUGAUGAGCAACUACAGCAAGAGACUCGACGUCACAAGGAGGCCCUAAGCAAGCUGGAGAGGGAAAAGGGGCUGGAGCUGGAAAACUUGCAGGCCAGGCUGCAGCAGCUGGAUGAAGAGAACAGUGAGUUGAGAUCAUGCGUUCCUUGUCUUCGAGCAAACAUUGAGAGACUAGAGGAGGAGAAGAGAAAACUACAGGAUGAGUCAGAAACAAUGUCUGACAGGCUGCAGGAGGAGACAGAAUCUCGUAGGAAGAUGGGUGACAAGCUGAGUCAUGAACGUCAUCAAAACCAGAAGGAGAAAGAGAGUACUCAAGAGCUUAUUGAAGACCUGCGUAAACAACUUGAGCACCUACAGCUCUACAAGUUAGAAGCUGAAGCAAAGAGAGGACGCUCCCCUGGCGCAGGGCUGCAGGAGUAUCAGACCCGCACCCGUGAAGCAGAGUUGGAACAGGAGAUCAAACGGCUCAAACAGGACAACCGUACUCUGAAGGAGCAGAAUGAUGAGUUAAAUGGCCAGAUUAUCAACCUGAGCAUCCAAGGAGCCAAGAAUUUAAUGUCAGCCUCCUUCUCCGACUCUCUGGCAGCUGAGAUUAACUCUGUGUCUCGCACAGAGCUAAUGGAGGCUGUUCACAAACAGGAGGAGAUCAACUACAGACUCCAGGAUUAUAUCGAUAAGAUCAUUGUGGCCAUCAUGGAGUCUAACCCUUCCAUCCUGGAGGUCAAAUAAACACCAUACAGCCAGAGGCCACUUACAGUGACUCCACAGGCUGUUUAAAAAAAAAAUAAACAAACAAAAAAGACAUUGGAGACAUGGCAAGAAGAAAACUUAAUGAAGGAAUGGGAAUGAAAAAGAUUAAACAAACAUCAAAUAAUGCACUCAACUCACCUGACACCUCUGAAAGGAAGAAUUAUAGAUUUCUAAGAAGUCAUGGCUGUCAGUGGAAAAAGAAUAAGCUUUUUUUUUUUUUUUUUUUGUGUGUGUUCUCUUUAUUUGGAUAUCUCAUGAUUCUGUGUGUAUUUGUAUGUUAACCCUUCUGAAAGCACUUGGGUUCUGGUGACUUCCAUGUAUUUGGCUAGAGGGACCCGAGUCUCCCCUGUUGAGUGAUUGUGUAUGUAAGAAGUCAGUCUAAAGACUUGAACAUUUUCCCAUCCUUUUCCCCAAAACGAUGUUUGAUUGAACUAAAGAAAAAAGAUCAGUUAUGCCUAAAAGCCUUAAAAGAAAGGUGAUCAAAGUAUUCUACAAACUGAACCAAACAUGCCUCAGAUUCAGUCUGAACUGGGAUGCUCUUGGUAUGUGGGCUGAUAUCCCCUGAGCCAUGCUGAAUUGUGCUUUAAUCACAAGCCGCAUGAAGCCCUGGUCAGGGGGUGAGGACAGUGUGUCCUGAACAUUUUUAAAGCUUGCCCAUCAGGCCCUGCGCGUGUUCUGUCCUUUAACCAAGUUCAGCUGUCAUUCCUGUGAACCCAAGUGAGGGGUAUUUCUGCUGACUUGCAGAUGAAAAAUGCCUGGAGGGUUUUGUUUUGUGUGUGUGUGACGUGUUAAACAUCUCCUCGUUUGCUCCGUGUUUUGGUUUUGAACCUGUAUGGUGACACUAGAUGGGCUGAAAAGGAUGACAUGGUCAUUCAUGUUAGCUUUGGUGUCACAAAUGAAGAGUGGUUUAUUUGCUUCAUGGUUUAUUUUUACAAUGAAACAGGGUCCUGGGGCUCAGGUGGGCUGGGAAAUAACUAUGUUUCCAACACAUCUCAUUUGACUAGGUAAUGCCUUUGACACGGAAUUAACCUGCUCUCACACGUUGUUUUAAACUCACUCCAGACACUUGAAUUAAGGGAAACUAAUGAGUGAUCCUGGAAACUGUAGCUUUUAUUUUCUGCAGCCCACCUGAUCCCAGCGUUCUCCGGCUGAGUGAAAUAGGGAAGCUUAUCCAACCUAUUUUUCUGCACAAGUGAUUUAUUGUCAGUAAAAACUGGUAUCGUGACUGAAAUGCUGACAUUCGAAGAGUCGUAUGUGAAGAAUCAAACGCUUCUACUUUGCACUGUUUUGAUUUCAUUAUUGUUUUUUGUUAAUAGUCUUAAACUUUAUUGUAAAGAGUUGGAAGUCAUGAAUGAGGAUCAUUUUGCAACCUAUUUGAAUAUGACAAACUGGGGGAUUUUGUUACUACAGACAUAUCGGUACAGUUGAGACUGGUGUGGUCUGCACAUACUCCCACUUAUGCUUUAAAAAGAAACACUAAUAUAAGACCAUAUUUAAUCAAACAUAUCCAAUGUGGCAAACAAUACUGCAGCCAUGUCUUGAGAUUAAGUUAAUGUACAUUUAUAUGCUGUAUUUUUUUCAGUCCGUUUAGAAAGGCAAGUAGCAAUAAAGCUUGGCAAGAAGAUGGACUCUAAUGGAGGAAGAUACAACAAACCUGCUUUUCAUUUCUUUUGCUAAUAGAAGAGGAUACAUGGACUUACUGGUACUGAACAUUUAUGCUGAUCUGGAUAUCGAACAUUACUGUUGGAUUUAGUUCAUUUUGAUAGUUUAUAAAGUGGACUUUGGGGAGAUUUUCAAACAGCAUGACAUUCUUCGCGAAUUUGCUAAGAGUUUCUAUUUUUCACUCUUUUCACCUCUAUCUCACUGCUCUUCUUCACCUGCUGCUCCAUGGAACAAUGGCCUUGGAUGUAAAUGACUUGUACAUGUAAAGUUUUUUCUACACUCAUUCUAGAUUAUAGGUAUUUUUAUAGUCAAAGAUUUUUUUUUUCUUGUCUUACACAAAGACAGCUGCCUGUAUUCUUCUCUAGCAUGUAGCGUGUACAGUACCUUUUUUUUUUCUUCUUUUUUUCUCGUUUUAAAUCACAUGCAGAUAUUUAUUGACAACUCACACUCUGUGAUCUGUUCUGCUGAAAAUAUGUUUGUACUUUUUUGAAUUCACAAGGGGAGAUUACUUCACAUGAUUGAAUCUGUGGGGGAAAUUUUUUUUUUUUUUCUAAAUGAAGAGAGUUUAAAAAUUUUAGCGUUGGUGAACGCGUCGCCGUCGUACGCCAGAAGCUUGAAUGUGACGACUCAGAAGGUUUGUUGAGGUCUGUGCAUUCUUCCAUAAUGCUGAUGUUGCUUUGACCUCUCCAGGGUUACAGUUUCAGAUAUGUCAGAGUGUGCAGCUUUUUUGGUUGUCUUCCCAGAUGGAGUAGGGUACUGCAUGGAUACACAUAUUUCUUAUUAUACAUCUCUGAUCCACAUUUGACUUGUGUUUUGACUGACAAAUAAUACAUUACAACAUCCAUCAGUGGAAUUGCUGGAUGUGUGACCUCAUAAUGUCUACAUGACACCUGAAACCUCAGAUCCAAGCUUGCUGAGUUCAGCUUUUUGCCCUUUAGUGGGACAGGAUCUCUCCCCAACAUAUUUACUUGUUUCUUUAUAAUUCUAAGUUAAAAAUGAUUCUUGUACUUGAUGACAUUUAAUAUCCCUGAUACAUAUACUGUUUAUCAUCUGUUCUCGACAGAUAGUUUGACCAACAUGGCUGGCAGCAGUACGAUUAGACAGAGCUAACUAAAUAUUUGUUUUUGGCAGAGCUGAAGGUGAUUGCACUUUAACCAGUUCCAAUUUCUCCAUCCUAAAUCCUGCUUCAAAAUGACCAAAGAUGUUUAGACUUACACGGACACUUUAUCCAUCAGGGUCCGUGACCACUUUCGUUAACACUUUUUCCUGUUAUGAAUCAACAGGCUCUCGGCUUGCCCUGAAGUAAAGUCAGAAACUGACCUGCUAGUCUAAACACUGUGCCUCUGUGUCUCAAACUUUGCCUCUAAACUAACCUGAAAAUGAGCCCUGGGUGAAGCACUGACCAUGUGACUGUCAGUUCGUUAAAUUAUAACAAUGAACCCUGAACUGUAAAUAUGAAUUGUCAUUUUGUGGACUUUUCUGUUUUUUUUUUCUUGCUCACACUCACUUCCAGUGUCCAAAGAAAGUUUGCUUAAGGCACAAACAUCACUACUGGGGUAGUGCAUGGCUUGCCAUUAUGUGACAUGGGAAGAUAAAAAGAAUAUUGUAGAAAAGAGAAUCUGUAAAACUUAAAUUUGUUCCUAUUUUUGAAGAUAAAUGUAUAAAUUAAACAGUAUUGAGUACAGCUGUAUAUUAUUUUUAAAGCUCCCCUAAAUUAUCUAAUCUUAAUUGUAACUGGGGAAGAAUAAUGUCAUUGUAAAAAGAGAAAAUUUAAAGGUAAGCAGUGAAAGUAAGAUUAGAAAAAUAAAUGGAAUUAAAGGA